AUGGGGAACGUGUCGAUUCACAUGCUCUCGAAACUAGUAGUAGUUCUACUGCUGUUUCAUCUUGUGGUUGCUAACUUUGUAGACUCUUUGCAGCAGCCAUCUUGCCAUGCCGAGGAGAGCUCUGCCUUGCUGCAGUUCAAGGAGAGCUUUAUUAUUGACAAAUCUGCUUCAGGUUCUAAGGGUGCUUAUCCAAAGGUUUCAUCAUGGAAACCAGCUAGAGGAGGAAAUAGCAGUUGCUGCUCGUGGGACGGCGUGAAGUGUGACGAGAUGACGGGUCAUGUUAUUGGCCUUAAUCUCAGCAGCAGUUAUCUCUACGGCUCUUUCGACUCUAAUAGUAGCCUGUUCAGCCUGGUGCAUCUCCAAAGGUUAAGCCUCUCUGACAAUAACUUCAAUUACUCUCAAAUUCCACCUAGCAUAAGAAAUUUUCCAAGCCUCACUCAUCUUGACCUCGCUGCCUCUCUCUUUUCCGGUCAAGUCCCAUCUGAAGUCUCACACUUGUCCAAGUUGACAUACCUUGAUCUGUGUUGCAAUAUUCGUGAAAUUGAAACAUCUCCUGAUGAUCCUCAGCGAUUGUUGAAACUUCAACCAUCCGAUAUGAGAAGUCUGGUUCAAAAUUUAACUAGUCUAGAAACUCUUUAUCUCAGUUUCAUUAACAUAUCAUCGAUCAUACCCGUUUCCUUGACAAAUUUAUCAUUUUUAACAUCCCUUGCUCUCAAGGAAUGUGAUCUAGUUGGUGAGUUCCCAGUGAGAAUUUUCAAUCUACCAAACUUAAAAAGUCUUAGUGUUAGAUACAACCAAGAUCUCACUGGAUAUUUUCCUGAAUUUAAUCGAAGUAGUCCUCUCAUCUCACUGGAUGUUGGGUUUGCUAGUUUUUUGGGAACAAUACCUUCUUCGAUUCAAAAGCUUAAUUCAUUGCAAGAGUUGGAUGUGGCUCAAUGUAAUUUUUCAAAAGGGUUGGUUCCAUCUGCACUUGGUAAUCUCAGACAGCUCACUUAUCUGGACAUUUCAGCAAACAAAUUUGGAGGUCCCAUUCCUGAUUCCUUGGCAAACCUUACCCAAUUGACUGUGUUUAGGAUUAGUACGAGUUAUUUAACUGGUCCCAUUCCAUCUUGGCUAGGUAACUUUAGCAAACUAGUUUACCUAGAUUUUGCUUUUUAUAAUUUGACUGGUUCAAUUCCCGCCUCAUUUUCCAAUCUCACCAAUCUCAAGAUCCUUUAUCUACAGUCAAAUAACCUGAGCGGUGUAGUGGAGUUUCAAAUGUUUCAGAAGCAACAAAAUCUCCACCAACUCCAAUUGAGUUGGAACAACUUUGAAUUUGUUACCGGAUCCAAUUUUAUGAACGCAACUCUUCGACAGUUCACCAUUUUGGGUUUGAGUUCAUGCAAUUUAACAGAGUUCCCAUAUUUCCUACAAAAUCAGAAAAAUUUGAGGCGGUUGGAUCUGGCAGACAACAAAAUCGGUGGUGAAGUACCAAAAUGGAUGUGGAAUUUAAGCAAGGAGACCUUGAUAUUCAUGGACAUUUCUGGAAACUUAUUUUCAGGAGAACUUCCAGCUGUCAUACCCUGGGUUAAACUACAAUGCUUGAGGCUUUCGUUCAACCGUUUUCAAGGACGAUUACCGAUCCCUCCACCAUCCCUUCUAGAAUAUGGAGCGACCAACAACAAAUUUACUGGAGAAAUUUCACCAUUGCUUUGCAAUAUGAGUUCUCUUGUGUACCUUGACUUGUCGAAAAAUAACUUGAGUGGCAAGCUUCCUCAGUGUCUCGGAAACUUUAGUGAUGAUCUAAUCCUUUUACUUCUUGGAAGCAACUCUUUUAAUGGCAUGAUCCCUCAAUCAUACCGCUUCCUCAAGUUGAAACUUCUGGCAAUGCGCCAUAAUCGGUUCAACGGUGUAAUAGGACAGUCUAGAACAAAUGUUGACUUCCCCAAGUUACGUAUUCUUGAUCUGUCUUACAACAAUUUCACCGGUGAGAUUCCACCUUUGUUUCCAGAUAUUACUAGUAUUCCUUACUCAAUCACAAUAGCAAUUAAGGGUCUGGAGUUGUACUAUUCAAAGAUUCAAGAAGGCUUUGCAACAAUUGAUAUCUCAAGCAACAAAUUUACAGGUAAGAUUCCAGAAUUCAUUGGGGACCUUAAGGAGCUCCACUCACUCAAUAUUUCCAGUAACAUUCUCACUGGUUCAAUUCCAUCAUCCUUGGGGAGCUUAAGGAAUCUUGAAUCAUUGGACCUUUCAAAGAACAAGCUCUCAGGACAGAUCCCCCAACAACUGACGCAGCUUACAUUCCUUGGGAACUUUAAUGUGUCUCACAACAAUCUCACAGGUCCUAUACCGCAAGGAACCCAACUUACUUCAUUCAACAGCACUUCAUAUGAGGGAAACCCAGGAUUGUGUGGAGAUCCAUUACCAAAUAAAUGUGGAAAUCGAGAGGCCCCUCAACAGCCAUUUUCAACUGAAGAAGACAGUGAUUCAGGCUCAGCUCCAACUCUUGAAUUUGAUUUGAUAUUUGGUUUGGCUGGAGUUGGAAGUGGGUUGGUAGUGGGAGUGGUUCUUGCGGAUGUCGUGGUCACAAGAAGGCAGGAGUUGUUUCUUAAGAUCGUAGGAAUGGUCAGGCUAAUGAUACGGAAAAGGUAG